AUCAAAUGCAACAUCAUGUUGUCAUUUCAAGCAGAAUUUCGAAUUAUUCUAGAUACAAAACAUAUCAUCUUACAUGGAACGGCUGAUGAGUCUGCAGGUGUUUGUUUGAGAGGUGUUGUCUUUUUGAAAUGCCAGGAACCGAUUAAAGUCAAGACGGUAACUCUUUCAUUUCAGGGUGUAGCUCAGGUUCACUGGACAGAAGCCCAAGAAUCCCGAGUACAGCAGUAUAAAGAUGAACGUAUCCUGUUUGAAAAGAAAUGGGUCUUUUUGAAACCGCAGCGAAAGGCUUACACGUUCGAUCGAGGAGAAUACAGAUGGGAAUUUGAGCUUGCACUUCCUGGUCAUCUACCAGAGUCUAUAGAACAUGAAUUGGGUCAAGUGAAUUACACGUUCAAGGCAUGCUGCGAACGACCAGUGUUCUCGAGCAAUUUUUGGGAUAAACAAAUCGUCCAAGUCAGUCGCUUACUUUAUUAUGCACAUAAUUCGUCUAUAAUCAUUUCCAGCGUAUGGUCUGAUAAGGUCAUUUACGAUAUUAGUAUUCCUAAAAAGACUUAUACAACCAACACGAUGAUACCCGUCACUUUUCACCUAGAACCGCUUGCUGAAGACUUGUCUAUACAUAUGGUUGCCUGUAAACUAAAAGAAUACGUCACUUAUUGUGUGCCUGGACAUAAAAAAUCUUUGGCAAAAACAGUUCAUAUUCGAAGGGACGAGCACACGAAAGGAAGAUGGCGUUUAACCGAGUUAGUGCAUGUUCCCAUCAAUGCCCACGUGGACACUCAAGGUGAAUUGAUCCAAGUGAAGCAUAAACUAAAGUUUGUUGUAUCUCUAAAGAAUUCGGAUGGUCACAUGUCAGAAUUAAGAGCGUCUAUUCCAGUUGUAGUGACUUCAGUGUCCGCAGAUGAGAAUGAAUUGCCAACAUACAAUGAAUCUUGCAAAUCGACAAUCAUUGAUGCAGAAUUGCCUCCUUAUGAUUAUCAGUUACCGACGUAUGAAUCAAUUAUUGCUUAAGUAGUUGUCAAAAAAUGGGUGCAUAUAUUUAGCGCGGAUGAGCAUCAAGCUAUGCAGAGAUUAAUAAAGUUGCAUUUACUUGUUUUGAGUAAAAAGAAUCUUUAAUCCGAUUUACUCUUAAUUUAGAAAUAUUAAAUAAGCCUGCACUCAUUUUCAAUAUGUUGGUUAGAAACAAAUAUGAAAAAGAUGUCUU